CGCGUCGCGGCUCUCCUCCCCAGGCUCCCCUUAACGCGGUGUCGCUGCGUUCGGGUUCCUCCCGGGACCGGGUGUGUUGGCUCCGGGCCCAGCUGGGCCGCCUCGGACUGCUGGAGCUGAACGGACUCAGUGGGCUGGUCGGCGUGGCCACCCGCUGUGCUGGGGCGUGUUUGGCUGCGCAUGCUCCGACCAGAGCUGGACGCGCGCGUGCGCGAGUCACCGCUCAGGGGGCCGUGGGUGCCGCCGCCAGCUAGAACGGCCCCCUCCGACCGGCUCGGCGACAAAACGUCGCUGCGGUCGCGCCUGGCCGAGAUGGAGGCGCUGGCCUACGUGUGGCCGGGCUCGGAGCUGUCGCUGGGCGCGCAGAGCAGCUCUGACACGCGGCCCGAGCUCACGACCGUCCUCAAGGCGCGCGACGCCGAUAGGAGGGCGACCAAGGCGCGUCGCAAGCAGAGCAAGAUCGCGCCGGCACAGAAGUCACGCCGCGCCGCGCUCGGCGAGGAUUCGCAACGCCUGGUGCAGCAGCAGCUGCCUGUCGCAGCCAGCCCGGACCUGGCCGGACUGGUGGCUCCGGAGGGUGGCACUGCCGGCGGCGCUGACACCCUGCAGGAGGUGCUGCAGAAGUUUAUGUGGGCCAAACAGCAGGCCAGCGCCGCCGCUGACCUGAUGUCCAGCCUCCGCCAGGUGGUGGAGCAGAUGGAUCAGGCCGAGUCGUCCGACCCGCCGCCGACGGCGUCAGACACGCGGAGCUCGCUGCUGGCCACGGCGUCGUCGCUGGCGGCGCGCACUGGCAGCGAGCCGACGUCGGGCGGCUGUCGGGCGCGCUCCACGCGCUCGGCGGCCAGCGCCAGCUCGUCCGAGACGACGUCCGUGCUGCCGGACGAGUCUCGCUCCCAGCUGCACACGGCCACAGAGUCGAAGCCGUCCCAGUGCGAGGGCCGCGAGGACUCGGAUACCGGCUCACGGUUCCGUUCGGCCAGCGAGGCGGCGCUGGCGCUGGGGUCGGCAGCGCCGGUCCAGCAGCGCCAGGUGGAGCAGCUCCGUCUCCAGUUCCAGCGACAGCAGGACCGCCUCCGCCAUCUUGAGCACACCAACUACGUGCUGAACCUGGCCGUGGAUGGCCAGGAGAAGACGGUCCGCACGCUCACCACCCAGCUGGCCGACACCAAGGAGGCCCUGCUGCAGGAGAUCAGCCAGCAGGCGGCGGGCGCCGGCCCGUCGCGGCGCCAGCACCGCGCCGAGGCCCACCCCAGCCUGCACUCGGUGGCCGUCGGGCCGGACAGUCCUGACUCAGACCGGGACGGGGCGCAGGCGGACAGCAGCGCGGAGUCGGUGGCGGCGCCAGUCGGUCCGCCGGCCCUGGAGACGGGACACGACAGGAACCGGCGCGAGGUGGCGCGGCUGAGCGCCGCUCUCGAGACCAAGCACCGGCGGAUGGGGGACGAGUGGCGGCAGCCGGGCCGGCCGCGCCGCGCGCAGAGGUCGCUGCUGGCCGAAUUUGAGCGUGAGAGCGCGUCGCGCGCUACUGCCCCGGCGAACGCCGACAGGACGACAGACUUUGAGGAGCAGUGCGAGGAGCUGCAGCGAGCCGUGAAUGAGGGCAGGACCCAAAUCAGGAGACUGGAACAGGAGAUCUUCGAACUGAAGUGUAGCGGUGGAAAGAACCGGGACAAUUUUGGCGGGCGACCUGCGCUCGCCAACCCCUUCCCCAACAUAGUCCGCCUUACCGAGGUCAAGCUGCAGGAGGCCUACCAGCUGCUGUUGACCGAGAGGCACCGCAGCAAGCUGCUCAGCAAGCAGGCUAAGGAGGCGGUCCACAGGGCCGUGCUGCGCCACGUUUGUUUCGUGUCGGUCCUCUCGUGGGAUGAGGCCCCAGCCGUGCCAGUACCUCCUGCUGCCGGUGAGCAGCUGCAGCAGAAGGAGGCUCUGCUGGGCCAGACGUCCCUGCACCUGGAGGAGCGGAUUGGUCAGCUGGAGGAAGCGACCGGCGCGCUCCAGCUGGAGAACAAACGGCUCCGGCAGACGGAGGCAGAAGCCAGCCAGAUUGCUGCCCGCGCGGUGGAGCUGCAGGAGAGGCUGGACCAGAGUAAUGCCACGGCGAAAAUGCUGGAGAACUACGUCCACUUCCUGAAGUCAUCGUACAACAGCAUGUUCGGUGCGCCGUCAGCGACUUCGCCCACGCCUGUGUCGUUUGACGAGCACGGUGCAUUCAAGAGUGUGUACAACUCGGCUGCGAGCAAGUAG